GUACUUACAGGCUUCAAAAGGGAAUAACGGUCAACGGGAGCACAGUGCUUCUGGGUCUUACCACAAACAGAUGUUUGUUUUUUGUGGUUAUCUAAUAGACAACUGGAAUGGCUUGCCGAGUAUAACCUACAUGAAUAAACGCUCUAAUAUUUAAAAUGGCUGAGCUCAGCAAGACUACAAUGCUCGCCACACAGUUGAACAGAUCUGAAGCUUUUCCGACGAUGGCGCUGAAUAAAAUGUUUGCCUUGCUUGCUGUUCUUCUGUUCAAUGGUCUUUUAAGUAACACAUCGCCAAUAAUCAGUCCCCCAUCAGGAAUCCAAACUCGUCUUGGUGUGAAAGUCGAUAUAGACGCAUACGGAGUAGAAAGGUCAUACGAACCCUUCAAUCGGCAACCCAACUUGUACAUGAACGUCACGUACGAUCUUUACGAGGUGGAUCCUGCAGUACUUCCUACGGUUCGAGCUGAGAUUAUGCUCGAGGACGAUAUGGCAAACAAUGAAAAAUUAAGAAUUAUUUGGGACAUUGCUGUCGCUGCUAACCCUACUUACAAUUCAGAACAAUUGGCCGCAUAUGCGUACUCCAUGACAGAACCCGAAUAUCUUUACGCUGCGUUCAAUGAAGAAACAAGCGCAUUCCGCGAUGAUUCAGACUAUAAUUCAUACUACUACAAGGGAUAUUUUGGUCUUCUUUUGCUAGCGUGUCAAGAUUAUGAGUUUGAGCUUUACAGGGGAGUCAGUUACACAGUGCCAGCUGAAGUGAACCAGUAUAUCCGUUUCAACAGGUUCCUGUCAUCUAGUACGAAUUUGGAAAUUGCUCAAAAUUACGCCAGUACUUCCAGCGGGCAAGGGACGCUUUUUAUAAUCCAGGGAAAGAAAAGCGCAAACCACAUCGCCCCGUACAGUGUUGUACCAGGAGUUGAAGAAUACCUUAUUUCUCAAGAGGAGCAGUUUUUCGUAACAGCCAUCGGUGACGUGAUUUUUCCGGACGGGAAUAAGGCCACUCAAAUAACGAUGUCUUCAGUCAGCUACUCGUAUUGAACGCGAGCCGGACUAUGCUGCAACCAACACCUAUAGGCUUUGUGUAUACCAAACGGUUUGUUUGGUAUACUCUCGCUUCGUCUUGGUGAUGCAGUGUUCCAGACUGAUAGUUCCUUCACUCAACUAUGCAUUUUGAUUCUUAUUUGACACGUGAAUUAUUUGGGUGUGAAUAAAUCAGCCACUUUAUUACGUUUGAGUAUAUGAAAUAAUUGCACUUUCUUCUUACCUUGUCAAAUCGGCAACAUUGGUUAAACACAUUUUGCACAUAGAAAACGAAAUAGAAUUCAAGAACAAUUA